AUGCGCUCCCUUACUUUCGCUGCUGCUGUUGCAGUGUUUUCUGCUACCGGAAACGCGAAAGACAUCUACGUCUCACCGACAGGCACAGGAACUGGCACGUCCACCGCACCUUUUGGCUCGAUCCAGUCCGCUGUCAACGCUGCCGUGGCUGGCGAUGUGAUACUCCUCCGUGCGGGCACAUACAAGCCCACAACAAACAUCCAGAUCACCAAGAGCGGCACUAGGACUCAACCAAUCACUCUCCGUUCCUUCGAGAAGGAAAAGGUCAUCAUCGACGGUGAGGGAAUGCCUGGAACGCCAUAUGCUUUGGACGAGUCUCUGCCUAACAAGGAACGCGGCGCAUUUCAUAUCGAGAAGGCAAACUACUGGAAGUUCUACAACUUGGAGAUUAUCAACGGCCCCUACGGCGUGUACGCCCGCGAUGCUUCGCACAACCACUACGAGCUUUUGAUCACGCACGACAACUACGAGACAGGCUUCCAGCUACAAGGCGCUUCGUCAAACAACACCGUCUUGUACUUGGACUCAUACCGCAACCGCGACCCGCGCAAAAACGGAGAGUCAGCCGACGGCUUCGCAUGCAAGGAGGGAUCAGGCGAGGGCAACGUCCUCCGCAACGCCCGCUUAUGGGACAACGUUGACGAUGGGCUCGACCUCUUCAUGUUCGGAUCGCCCGUCACACUAGAAGAAGUAUACGCAUGGGGCAACGGCUUCAACCGCUGGGGCUUUAGUUCUUUCGAAGGAGACGGCAACGGCUUCAAGCUCGGUAUCACGAACAACCCACCCGCAAACCACAUCGUGCGCAACUCCAUGGCCUUUGCCAACGCGAAGAAGGGUUUCAUCGACAACGGUAACCCCGGUAGCUUGACCUUCGAGCGCAACACUGCGUGGAACAACGGCGAUGUGGGCUUCAACUUGAGGAGCUCUAGCUCGACUGUGAAGGAUAACAUUGCUGUGGCGAAUGUGGGUAGUGCGCAGGUUAGCCUGACCGCGUCGGGUAUCAAGGCUACGGGCAACUCGUGGCAGUCGGGUAGCUGGUCGACCUCGAGCUUUACGAGCGUUGAUCCUGCUACCCUGAAGAAGGCGCGUGGUGCUGAUGGGAGGGUACCUGCGAGCGACUUCUUGCUGCCAAAGAGCGGUGCUGCUAUUGGCGCGACUACACGAUCCGAUGUGUAG